GGCACUAACAAAUGGGUUUCCAAUCGCUUUAAAAACACCUGCGCGAGCAACAAUUCUUAUUGGCAUGGGAACUUUCUAGUUUUCAGGAAAUCGCUGAGUUCUUUAGUCAAAAAGAUUGCCAAAUACACAAACAGAAAUUUCACAAAGCAGGGGUAAAGAAAUAAUUCGUUUAGCGGAGCAGUUUUUUAGAAACGGUAAGUAUAUCAAGUUUUCUUCUUUCAUGUGUGCGAAUUUAAAUUGCCAAAGGUGUCGGAAAACUGCUCGCUAAGUGAACUAUUUGUGCGAGCAAUCCAGCUUGAAUGUGUUGACAAACUUCAUGAUUUGUUUUCGUUUCUCAUGGAAAAUACGAUUCGAAAAAAAAUUGUGACUGAUCGCAACAGCGCUAAUCUAUGUUAAGACGAGUUAGAUAUUACAAGAAAACUUUAUUCGAACUCAAAACUGCCUGAAUGAAAAUGACUCCAAGUUUGUGAUAAACGUUCGGUCACGGUUUUCUUAGCAGCUCUUAGUUACGUCAAAGAAGACCGAUAAACAUCACUAAAUAUCGCACAACACCGACAUGUGUGUGAUGAAGAUAAUACUGAAUAUACAUCAGAUCUUAAAAUGAAAUUAUUUCAGAUUCAAAUAGAUCUUCGUGGCCAUAAAUAAAAUGCAUGCGGAGAUCUCAAUAACUUUUAUUCCAUAAGCGGCUGGUGAUGGUGCAUUGGCGGCUAUGUCAUUAUUUGAAAGCGAAAUCAAGGGCCGACUCUAAUGCUAAACAGAGGGCUGUGACAGGUCUUUUGAGUGACGAUUGACCAAGAGACUCGAUCGGUACGAGAAAUUCGGCGAUUGAAAGAUUUAAAAAAAAAACCUUUUAACGUCGUUAUUCUAUUACAGUUCAGACUAUACACAUUUUAAAACGAAAACAUUUUUAAAAAUCUUAUAACACAAUUUUUUUUUUCAAAACAGCUUUAUAAUUAAGCAAUACCUGAAUGACACAUAACAAGAGAGGAUUUUACACAUGGAGUUGAACAUUGUAUGAUACAAACUCUCCGGUAUUUUCAGUAUUUUUCCAGAAAACGACAUAACUCCUUUAUCCGGAUAUAUUUAAAAUUCCUUCCUCAACUCAAAGCCAAUUUUAUUGUGUAAGGCAUGGCCUGAUAUUUUCUUAAUUUGACAACAAAUACAACAAAAAUAUCACGUUUCUGUUUUCGUGCUGCUAACAGCCGGUGCAUAAUCCUCGUUUCCAUUUGUUAGAGUCCUUUUGCAUUUAAUGAAGGCCUAAUUGGUUGUGGGUGCAAUCACUUCCGAUAUACAUCGCGACUUCACGACAAGGGUCGUAGCCUGCACAUAGUCCUGAGGGCCCAGGCCUACAAUUUGUUUCCGCCCACUUAUCCGCUUUUAUAGUACAACUAUUACAAAUUUUUAGACAGAAAUUGAACUUUCUCACGGUACAGGCCUACGGCAAGUCGAAGCUGGCUACGUCCCUGACGACUACAUACUGCUGUCCUCCGAAAUUAGGUCGGCCAAAUAAAGUGGCCUUGCAAGAGUUUGAGUUCACAGUGAGCAGGUCUUGGGAAAGAGAUCUCAGUUACCCUCUUUAGUUGAAUUGUCACAUCCUAAUUAAUGCCUCCUUUUCUCAUGGAAAAAAUCAUUCACGUUACUCAAGUUCAAGAAAAUCGGUUAGUUUUAAUUUCGGGAGAAAUCCUUCCCGUUUCAUCAACUGCGUCGCCACUGUAAAAAGUUUCUAAAGCUGGCGUUUCGAAGGUCUGACGCUCGAAAAAUCAGCUUUAAAAAAAACAUUACGUUAGCCAAUUUACAUCAUCAACUCGGUUGAUUUAACCAAGAAACUUAACUCCCCACCCCCUCGCUUACUCGGCCUCUUGCCAAGUAGUUGUCCUGGCCCAUCAUUUUUAUGCUAGGGAAUUUAUUGAUAUGGCAAAGUGGGUUUAUAUGUGAUUGAACUAUCUCCAUUGAGAAGAAAGAAAAAAUCUGAGCAGAAACUAAACAUUCCAGUGUAUUACAGUAUUGCUUUUUCGUUCCAGCCGUUUCGUGCAUUCUGUUCGUCUCGAAAUGACAACAUCAAACGACUGCCUGACGGUACCCCUAACACGAAAAUUCGGCAGCAUGCCGGCACUGGCUCAAAAAUCCGCCAUAUCACUUGACUUCCACGACGAAGGAUUUAAGCCUCGCAGAGUAUCUGGAAGCUCUGACCCAGAAAAGACUGGAACCACACUUUGCGAAACACAGGGAGUCCACGGGCUACCCCUUCUCAAGGUAUCUUUCGAAACACCCGCCAACAGCGCCUACGGCGCAGACAUUUGGCGGGAAAAUGGAGGGCACACAACUUUAGGGGUGUCCCGGAUGGAUGCAAGUGAAAGUAAAACACCAAAUAAGGGAACAAGGGCCUUUGGGAGUGCUGGGAAAUGGAAGCCGGACGAGGCUUCAACAUUUUUGCCCAGUCGAUAUUCAGAAUGGUUCAACAGGAGUUCAUCUUUGAAUUAUAGAAUAGGGGUGAAGACUGCUGACACUAGUGCUAAACCACAAGCACAGCAGUCCAGAGGGCAAAACAGGACGGCUAAUACUGGACAAACCACGAAGGGCAUGAAAGCAAGAAAGUCACUACUUCGCAGAAAAACAGAUACUCCGAAGAAAACAGCUACGACAGACAAUGACGGUGAAAAAUGUUCACAAGUAACACCCCUGAAUAGGGUGGGUAAUUCUCAGGACUACAGACAAAAAUGUAUCCAGUGGUUGCAAUCUUUACCAGACACUAAUACGCUAGCUAUGAAUUUGCGUUGA